AUGGUGCAGAGUAAAAGGCACCCUAGGGCACUCACUGCAGAGGAGAGAAGAGGCGCAGGAACCGCUAUCAGAUUCUACUGCGACUCUGACUCUUCUUUCCCCUGUGGGGAGGCGCCCAAUGUGGGAUUGCUCACCACGGAUGAUUCAGCCCGUUGGGGGGAGGCUGUGGCGCCUCCUGGCCCUCUCUCGAGGCUCCCCUCCAAACGGGCUUCAUCCAAGCAAACAUUGAAGAGCUCGAUCGGCGAUUCCGAAAAACAGGCACCGUCGAGUGAAAAUGCAGCAACGAGCAAGAAGAACGAACGCCUUGAAGCCAUUAGGGAGAAGGACGAGGAUGAGGAUUCACAGAGACGUCUUAGGGAGAAGGACGAGGAUGAGGAUUCACAGAGACGUCUUAGGGAGAAGGACGAGGAUGAGGAUUUACAGAGACGUCUCAGGGAGAAGGACGAGGAGAAGGAUUCACAGAGACGUCUUAGGGAGAAGGAUGAGGAUGAGGAUUUACAGAGACGUCUCAGGGAGAAGGAUGAGGAUGAGGAUUUACAGAGACGUCUGAGGGAGAAGGAUGAGGAUGAGGAUUCACAGAGACGUCUGAGGGAGAAGGAUGAGGAGGAGGAUUCACAGAGACGUCUCAGGGAGAAGGACGAGGAUGAAGAUUUACAGAGACGUCUUAGGGAGAAGGACGAGGAUGAAGAUUUACAGAGACGUCUCAGGGAGAAGGAUGAGGAGGAGGAUUCACAGAGACGUCUCAGGGAGAAGGAUGAGGAAGACUCACGCCAGGAGUCGCUUGACGGUGAAGGCGUUACAAAAGUUCUUAGGGCACGGCAGCAACCCAACAAGGCUCACAUGCCGCUUGGAGCAGAAGCACUACAGGCCCCCUCUGGUGCUUCUUUGCUUGCUUACAGACGCCGUCGAAGCCUCAUGCGCGUCCGCGUGCCUGAGUGGGAGGAAGUGCAGCAACAAGAACGGAAAGCCUUGCAGAAGCAGCUCCGCUCUUCGAAGAAUUCUGGCUUCGUAGGCAGCAUCAUGCGACGCCGGCUGAGCUGGACGUCUCUUUCUCACAGAGCUCCCAAAAGUGCGGUGUCUUUGAUGCGUUUCUUUCCUCCGGGGGGCCCUAAGUGGAAGCCUCGUCCUGCCGAGUUGCAGAUGGAUGACGAGACGGAGGAGGAAGUAUCCGACAAAUGCUUGUUGGCAUUUAGGGGAGACGCAAUAAGCCACAGGGCAGAUCCCAUUGGACGGUCUGGACCCCGCAGUCUGCGAUUGCUGGCGUGCCAGAUGGCGUUUUUCAGAGACGGAGGUUGGCAGCGAGACAACACACGAUCUCUGACGCUUGGGGGGGUCGCCCUAUCCGCUUCUCCAGCAGCAGCUCUUCGGGAGCACCGCCUCUCCAGUGGAGCACUCAUUAUUCUCGUUUCCUGCCCUGCCUGCGUGCGUUCUGCCGUCACUUUUUACGUUCGGCGUCACGACAGCCUCCGGAGUGACCUCUCGGGAGUGCUGCAAGAGGCCCCUCCUCCUGGAUGCGCUGCCGACUUCGCUCUGGGAGAUCUCGCGGGGAUCUACAGAACUCUUGGCAUGACGCGCCCUUGGAGUCGGCGAGGUGUUGUGUGUAGCGGGAGUUUUGUGCACUUUGUGGCUGCCAGCAAGCCCAGGGAUUUUCCUAUGCUAGUCAAGGCGCUGGCUGGCCAGCUGAACAGCCCGGUGAUCCAUCAGUCGGAUGUUGAGAAGGCGUUUAUUGCGUCAACAAGCAGCUUCAAUGCGCAUCUGCUGUAUGCGCACCCGAGGGCUGUCGCCAUGCAUCUUGCGCUGAAGUGCGGACAGGGAAGCAUGUUGCGGCUGUACCACGGUACUUGGCAGGCGCUGCAGCGCUGGGCAGAAAAGUUCGGCCUGUCUGUCGCAGAUGCGGUUACUCGCUACCAUCAGCAAACCUACCUGCCGAGCCGCGUGACAGUUGGCGUGGUGGAUCCACGUUCGCUGGAUGCCAUAGAGGCGGCGAUUGGGCCUGACCUCCUCUUUCUUGCGUUUCAAGACACAGCUGUCAUGAACUUGAGGGAAUUUCCGUCUUUGUCUUCCGCACCGAGGGAUUCGAAAAGCGCCGCCGCGGGGCAGGUCGGAGGAGGGCAGCCUCAGACGGCGAAAAAUAAGCUUCAACCAGAUGCGGCGGAUGGCGUGCACGCAGCAGCCGAUAAGGGAAAUGAGGAGGUUUCCGUGCCCUCUUGCUGCAGAACCCCUGCUCUGCACUUUUUGGAAUGCGCUCCGGACCAGCCGCACACCCUUGCCUUCUUCUCCUUCUUCCUCCCUCCCCACGACGACGGUGCAAGCCCAGAUGCGGCUGCUGCUGCAACAAGCGUCUCACGAGGCAAAACGGACUUGCCUGUCACCCUUCGCGCCAGGAGACUGCUCGUGGCGAUGCUAGCAGCCUCGGGAGGAAGCACCUUGUUGGGCCGUUUGGUGAGCAGCGGAAAGGCCCUUAAGGCAGCAGUGCACCUCCCAAUAUCAAGCGAUGGUGGCGCUCUUCUUCAAAUCGAGGUGACACUGCCUGACGACGACUUGAAACACCGCCUCGCGGAUAUUGGGGAAAUGAUCUUCGCUUACAUCGGGGCACUGCGGGAGUCCCCUCCGGGUUGGUGGUUUAUGGCGGAGCAGCAACGCCUUUUUGCCUUUGAGCAGCUUUUCUUCUCCCCGCAUGAUGUGUUACAGGAUGUCAUUGAUGUUGCAACAGGUCAGCUCCUUGCGUCUCCGAAUCUUAGUGCCCAAACCAUCACCACGUGCGUUGCCGCAGAUGCAACUCACUCCUCCGAGUUUAUCACCGUUGACAAGACGGCUCUGAUGACGGCAGCGGGCGCCGCUGUGGCGCUCUUGCAGCACCUGUCUCCCUCGCGGCUGCACCUGUUGCUGCAGUCCCCCAUUAUAGACCACUUGUCUGCAUCUGUCCAGCCGCAAACAUUUGUUCGUUUCGGCGAGGGGAAGUUGGCGGAGAAGACAGUAAAGCGCUGGGUGUCUGCCUUCUGCAACAAGCAGAUACGCGAUACGCUGCUCCGUCGGUUGGGCUUGUCUCUCCCCAGAAGGAACGCCUUUGCUGACUGGGCGCGUAGAGAGCAGCUAGCCGUGGCGUGGGAGCUGGAGGAGACUCCAGGCAAUAUUGGCAGCAGCGGCAAUCCAACGGGGUACAACACGCCACUCCCUUCCCCGACUCCUCGCACCCUCACAGAGGAUCCCCUCGCGGGAUUCGAGUCUCUCAGCAUCCCUAGGGCACCUACGCUCGUCGACAAACGAAUGGCUUCAAAACUAGGCAGUGAUUUGAUUAGAGGCAGCGUUGGCACGCAGAGUAGUGACUAUAAGAACAUGAGUGGCUACGGCAGGAGCGGCAGGAGACACGCGGGGUCCUUGCUGGGUGCAGAGAGUGAGCACUACAGGCCUGUGCAGUUCUCUAGGCACCAUCCAUGCUACAACAAGUGCAGCGUCUGGAGAAAAUCUCCUGCAAAUCCUCAAGAUCCCCGAGCUGCCUUGACUCUUCGCCUCGGCUGCUGGGUUGGUCAACAACUGGUGCCUAGGGAAGCAGCUGCAGCCGAGAUCUUCCUGUUACUCGUCAAGUUGCAAACUCAAGCGGUGCGAGAAGAGGCCUUCCGAGCUGGCAAUGACGUUGCCUUUUCCGCCGCAUCCUUCGCUGCAGAAACGCACGACAUCUACGUGCGGCAGUCAGACAGCAUAGUACUGUCCAUUUCUGGGCCUAGAGACGGCUUAGAGGGGGUUUUGCUCGCGCUGCUGCUGCCCUUAGCGCCUCCUGCCGCUGCCAUUGCAGCAGGUGUAGCACCACUGGACCUCUCCGACGCAGCAGUCACAGCGGCAAACCAAAAAUUGCUGAACUUAGUGCACGAGCUGCCGCGUCCUGAGAUGCUUCUGACGGAGAUGGCUCUAGACUUGCUAGUCAUUCCUCAGAAGUCGCGGGAAGCCCUCCAGAGGGAGCUUAGGAAGGCUCCUAUUGACACCAAGAUGGUUGUUGCGUGGAGAGACAGGAUCUGGCAGAGUCUCGCCAUACAUGCAACCAUAGAGGGGAAUAUGACUGAGGAGGAAGUCUGGGAUCUUCUGUCUAUGGUUAUCUCCACGCUCAAUCCCGCGUCGCUUCAUUCUGUUUCUGAGGUGCUGCCUUCCUUGGUGGUAGAUUUGAAGGGCCUCUAUCUGCUUGCUCCUUCCGUAACAUCUCUCUCUGUGGGGCAGUUCUAUCAACACGAAAAGAAACAGCAUCAGAGUCCCCCCAUUGCGCUCUGCAUACACCCGACAUUCGCGAAAACGGCAUUUCAUGCCGUUCGUGUGUACGUCCAGUUGGGUCCGCUGCGCCACGAAGCAGCCGCAGCAGCAGCAGCAGCAGCAGGCGAAUGGUUUGCUGCCGCUCUUAGCGCGAGAUUGCAGCAGGAUGGGCAGGUCCUUUCGGCUGGAAAACCCCCGUAUUACGUUAACAUUGGGGGGGUGGGCUAUGUGACAUGCACGCUCACUAGCACGAUCAGCGUGAAGAACCUUAUUCUCUCUCUAGACGCAGCCGUGCGCGUCUUAGCCCAGAUGUCUAUUGAGGAAGCGCUAAGGGAGGUGGAAUUGUCAGCAGAAUGGUCUCCGGAGAAGAUAGACUCUGCAUUGUGCCCAUUCUUUCCAGUCUGCCCUGGGCGCCUUAACCGAUCAGUGCAGCCGUUGGUAGAUGAGGGAAUAGAAGUAUGCCUGAGGGCUUUGAGGGAGACGCCACGCCUCUUUGUGGUGGUUCGAGGUUCCCUGGUUUCCAGGGGAGGUGUAGCAGGUUUAGGCCUUGCUGACUCAAGCGAAUUGGGAGAACUGGAGGGCUUUGUUGCUCUCAAGGAAGCGGAUCGAUUCACGGAGACUCUCAUAUCCCAUGGGUUUUAUUUUGAGGAAAGGAGACAUACACCUGCUACAGCAUUCUACCAAAGGCGUAGACAGGCGGGAAGUAAGCCAGUUACGGCGGCAGGAUCAGCAGCCAACGGCGCAGGGAGACUUCGACCUGAAAGAGAGACUUCAUUUUUCCCCGUACAGUUGGGCGGAGAAAAGCUAGACAGCAGCCUUGACUCCAUUUAUUGCCCCCGUGUAACUUCAGUGCCUGCCGAGUGCUAUACCUCUGCCCCUGUACGUCUAGCUUCUCCCUGUAUGUACCAGACCAGCAAGCCAAUUUGGUUGCUGCUCCCACCAAUUCUUUGCCGCUACAGUGUUGAGGCUUGCCUCGCUUCUAGCGGUACUGCUGGAGUAUUAGUGCCAGGGCAAAACCUGGCUCUUUACUUCACAGCUAGCCAAACAAGAGUUUUGGGACUGUGGAGGAGACGAACCCGUGAAGGGGCAUUUUAUGCAUCUGCUCUUGCCGACCGAUCAUUCUUCCCAGGGUCGUAUCUGUUUUUUGUUUGGUUGGCUUUCGUUCCUUUGUCGAUACACUAG